GUGAAAAGUAUACAUACAGCAAUGUUAAUAUUUGCUUACAUGUCCCUUGGCAAAUUUACCUGCAAUAAGGCGCUUUUGGUAGCCAUCCACAAGCUUCUGCUUGACCACUUGACCACUAAAUUGCUGCAGUUCAGCUAAAUGUGUUGCUUUUCUGACAUGGACUUGUUUCUUCAGCAUUGUCCACACAGGGUUUGUAAUAUUCUACAUCUAAAUUUUGAUCUUAUUUAGUGAAAUCUACCAAACAAGAAUGGUGGUCAGAACCUGUUUGGUCGACACCGCCCUCUUUUCUCGCAGGCUGAUUGCUGUUCACGUUUGUAACAAAGUAUUUUCACACACCUAAAAAUUCUAAGAAUUUACAAUUCCACAAUGUGUUUUUUGUAUCUUCAAUGUACGCCUAACCUUAGAGUACAUUGUUAACCAAAGGAGGUAUAAAUUAAUUAAUGAAAAUGUGCGCAAAACUGGAACCUAAGUGCCCUAAAAUAAAGGAGCUGGUGGGAUCUCUUGUUGAGGUGUCUCACUGCAGUCAGAAUUGAUCUACAAUAAAUACAUUGAUUAUUGAUGUUUACUAAUCAAUUGUAUAGUCAUGUCCAAAUUGCGAUGCAUCUAAAACUCAAUGAUUUUCCCACCUCUACUCAUGACAAUAGAACACAUGAAAUACUUUGUACUGGCCAGUACGCUGCAAUACUACUCUUCGGUAAGCCGUUGUGCUUCAGGCUAACAAACUGGUUCACGGUGAGGGCGGGGUCACAACGUGUCAAUCAAACAAAGCUGACAGGUGUGCAAGAAGGUUUCCUAAGAAGAGCGAAAGAAAGAAAGGAGGAAAGAGUUACGAGUGACAGCUGACCUUUGGGUGUCGACGCCCACCAGAAGAAUUCUUUAUCUUCUUGGUUCCUUGGACUAUUUACACCUGCUUAAUUAGGCCACGCCCACCUCCUCCAUGUUUAAGAUGAAUUUUACUUACCUUAGCAAGAUCUGUUGUCAUGGCAACCUUCGCUCCUCGGGUCAUCUUCGUUUGUCCUUGCUGGAACGUCUGUUAGAAGACAGGACUCCAACAUUAGGAACAUCCUGUGUUUCAAGUCUCAACUCCAAAAGCAGAUUUGUUUCCUGGCGUCUUCUCUGUUAAAAAGGAAUUUGGUGAAGGGAAGACCGUUACGUGCUUUUCACUCCUUCCAACACUUUGAGCAGGAAACUGUUGUUGAAUAACACGGCUGCCUGGUUGUUCAUCAUCAGCAUCGUCCCUUGCAGGCACAAGCUGCACACUUCAAAAAUGUCAGGCAGCCUUUAGGUGUCUUGAAGGCGUCGCCCACAGCCACAAAGUGUGUAUAGCGAGAACCCACCCAACCUGCUGCACUUCACCUGUACAUUUUCUGGCCUCAGGACUUCCCUUUGGACCCCACCCUCAAUCAGAGGUUUAAAAGGAUGUGUGGUCCCAGCAUAUUUUCAGUCUCUCCCACACAGACCACAUCAGCAUGGCCUCCUUCUCCAGCCGCAGCUACACUAUGUCCUCCCGUGUCAGCAACCUGGGCGCCGGCAGCGUCUACGGUGGCGCCGGUGGCUCUGGGGUCCGUGUCUCCAUGGUCAAAGGUGGCGGCUUCAACCUUGCCAACGAAACAGGCGUCUGUGCCAACGAGAAGUUCACCAUGCAGAACCUUAACUACCGGCUAGGAUCCUACCUGGAGAAGGUACGUAGGUUGGAAGAAGCUAACAGCGAGCUGGAGCUGAAGAUUAGAAACUUCUUGGCGAGCAAAAUAGGCCCAGCAGAGCAUGACUGGACUGCCUUCUAUGCUCGGAUCAAAAGCCUGCAAGAAGAGAUUCAAAAUGGCGCUCGUGCAAAAGCUGCAAUAAUCCUUAGCAUCGACAACGCCAAGCUGGCCGCCGACGACUUUCGUGUCAAGUGCGAGAAUGAGGUUGCCAUGCGCCGAUCCGUUGAGGCCGACAUGGGCGGGCUGAAGCCGGUUUUAGACGAGCUGACCCGGAGUCGCACCGACCUGGAAAUGCAGGUGGAAGGAUUGAUGGAGGAGCUGACCUACAUGAAGAGGAACCAUGAGGAGGACCUGUGCGCCGUGCGGGCGCAGUUAGGUGGCCAGGUCGACGUGGAGGUGGAUGCCGCCCCUCAGGAGGAUCUUUCUGCCGUCUUGGCAGGAAUCAGAGAACAUUACGAGAACGCCGCCUUAAGAAACCAAAGGGACCUGGACAAUUGGUUUCAGGCUAAGAUGGCCGAGCUCAACAAGGAUGUGGUGACGAGCACCACGACACUGCAGACGUCCAAGUCUGAGAUCGGAGAAUUGCGAAGAACUGUGCAGACCCUGGAGAUCCAACUGCAGGCAGAGAUCAGCCAGAAAGGUGCUCUGGAGGGAACACUGGCUGAGACACGUGGUCGCUACGCCAACAUAUUGCUAGGCUACCAGAAGCAAGUAGGGAUCCUGGAGGGGCAACUGGCUCAGCUGAGAGCAGAACUGGAGAACCAAAAGGUGCAAUUUGGUGAGCUGCUAGACAUCAAGACCCGACUGGAACUAGAGAUUGUGGAGUACCGCCGGCUGCUGGAUGGCGAGAGUGCCAGAACCAAGACUUCACGUGUCGUGACCAUCAUGAAAGAGGUCGGCACCUCGGAGAACUUUCGAAGCAGUAUCAAUUAAGUAGUGGAACACAUCCUGCUGGUGAACUGUCCUUCAAUAAACAUGAAAUCUGAC